AUGGACUCGACAGCCGCAGGGCUUAUCAAUUGUGGGAUGGAUAGAUUGCUCGUGAAAGCUUAUGGCGCUAGAAAGAUCAAGGUCCGGCAAGAGGGCUGGGGAGAAGAUGACAGCACACCAAAUCAACUGCAAGAGAUCAUCCGAGAAGUUGUCGACCGGCUCGUUAGGGAAGAAACGGCGAGUGGGGGAGGAGCAGAUAUAGCCGCCUUGCGAGGGAUCAUGGACCGGGCUUUCGUCGAGAUUAUCGGCCAGCUCGCUCAUAGCACAUUGCGAGGAGUCAAUGACUACUCAGAUAUCAUGCGAGGAAUCGAAAUUCGAAUCGAUCAAGCAAUAGACUAUGAAAUGGUCGCCAAUAACAAUAGGCUCACUGUCGCGGAAAACAAGCGUGUUUUGGCGGAGCAGAGGAGGGCCGCCGUGGAGACAGGGCAAGACACAACACAGCAGUAUGAUAUAGCAAGGCGGGUGACGGAAAGGCUCGGCCAGCAUCAGGGCGAUGCCCAGGUUGCUGCGAAAUUUGCUUGGAGGAGUAUAGCAGUACUCAUGAGCCAAUCAUUGUGGACAAGUGCCGCCAUAUAUUCGGUCGGGAGUGUUUACGUAAGCAUGUCAAUGAGUCGGCUCUUGGAGGGAGGCACCUUUGUCCAACGUGCCGCACAGAAAUGUUUGGGUUUCAAGAGACUGGCAACCAUCGAUAGGCCUGUAGGCGUAUUUGCUUCCCCAGUUGGUAUCUCCUCCUUCCUUCAACACACGCAUCCCACCAACCCACCAAACCACCAAUCUCUAUCACCACAACAGAAGACUCCAACUAUGAACGCUGGCACAGGGAUAAAUGUGCUGUCUCAGCGAACAGCACGCUCUGCCUCUCUCAUAGUUCACGAGUAUCCAACGACCCACAACCGCGCCCCGUACAAAGAAUACUUAGAUAUAGACACCACCAACACGUUCGCCACCGAGCUUGGGGGGCUUGCAAUCACUACCGACAGAGUAUCGAUACGUGUAAUCGUACCGCAAGGCGCCUCUGCAAAGAUCUUCUCACCCCAUGUGGACCAGCCAGAUCUUCCUCUACAGGAAGCGGGUCACCUCAACAUUCAGGGUUUCCGAGACAUCUCUUCCUUCCAAAACUGCAAUACAUACACGGCUUUGGGCGCUGCUUGCAUCAACAUCCGCCAUGUGGUCAUGCUCGAGUUGCCCGCAAUACUGCUCCAUUGCGGCUCCGACAAGGUGACGGUGAGAGCCUGUAGUGCCGACAAAACGAUCAUCCUCCUCUAUCAAGGCAACCGCGGAGUCAACUACCCUGGACACACCAACCCGCAACAACAAGCAAGCGCCCCUGGCUGCUUUGUCGGUCGGAUGCACUAUAGAAGCGAUCAGCAAGACGUCGUCCCGGUAAAUUCUACCAAGCGAUACGCUACCGCAAUCGGUGAGCUUCUGAUCCGCAUUGGGCACGAGAUACUUGUAUACUUCCCUAGAGGCUCGAUCGUCAGACCCUGUGAAUUCCAAACCGGCGAGCCACCAAUGCCAGUACCCCAAUACAGCUAUAGGAUUGAAGGACAUCACCGAAUCCAAGAUCUGCGCGGCGAUCCUCAAUACACGGCUUCCGGUUCGGCCUUUCUGACUACUGACGGACCUGAGCGACGAGUGCUCAUGGAAGGAUCAGCUGCCAUUGUCAUCAUCUGCGGCCUUGACCGGUUUUUGAUCCAGGCUGCCGGCUUGCAGCACGUUCUCCUACGUGAAAGCAACGAGGAUGUCAACGACCACCGAAUCGUCAACGCACCACUUACGGCUAGGGACGAGUUUAUGGAUCAACAAGUUGCCGCACAUGUUGGCAGUCGCCUCCGUAUCAUGAACGAACUCGGCGCCCUGGCCGCUAUGGGCGCUGUGGGAGAGCCAGAAGCUGAAAAUCGUCGCAUAUUGCUGACCCAGGAGCUUCAGGAGCUCAGCGACCAGAAUUCCGCAUUUGCGCAAACACUCGAUAUAGAAGACCUAGAACGCUUGAACCGCGCCCUCGCCCGCAUCCUCAUGCGCAUGCCUAAUCAUCGCGCGGCUGCUCCCCGACCUCAAGUUGAGAUCCAGACAUUUACCAGCUCUCUAGGCACCUGUGGCAUAUGCUUGGAGGAGUACAGCAAUACUCACGAGCCAGUCAUCGUCGAUAAAUGCCGCCACAUUUUUGGCCGGGGAUGCCUACACAAGCAUGUGAAUGAGUCAGCUCUUGGAGGGAGGCAUCUUUGCCCAGCGUGCCGGAUAGCGAUGUUUGCGCCGUAA